UUGCCGACUUGAGCAGCCAACAUGUCGGUGAUCGUGGCCCAGUCACAUUAUAUCUUUGGUCUCCGUUCACAAGUGGUUAAUAAUAUUUGUUACUUUGAUGAGCAAACCAUAAUUUUCCCAUCGGGCAAUAACUGCAUUAAAUACAACGUAGAUCAAAAAUGGCAAAAAUUUAUACCAGGCUCAGAGAAGAGUUUGGGGAUGCAGGCUCUGGCAAUCAGCCCAAACCACCGUUACUUAGCCAUGUCUGAAAGAGGACCAGAAAAGACUACAAUCACAAUUUAUGAACUAUCUUCUGUGCCGUUUAAGAAACGCAAGGUCCUAAGUGCACCAGACUUUCAUGCUCAUGAGUUUGUCAGUAUUGCAUUUUCUCCAGACUCUAAAUAUCUGGUUGCCCAGACAGGCUCUCCAGAAUGGACUAUCAUAUUUUGGAUGUGGGAAAAGCAGAAAGUUAUGGCAUCAGUGAGAACGGACACCCAGAACAACCCUAUUUACCAGGUGAGCUUCAAUCCUGAGGACAACAGCCAGAUCUGUGCCACAGGCCUUGGGGUAUUUAAAUUGUUUCGCUAUAUGGACGGUAACUUGAAACAGACAAACUUUCAGAAGGUUGAAGCUCAGAACUUCCUGUGUCAUGCGUGGCUCUCUGAAAACAGAAUUAUAUGCGGAACAGAUACUGGAAAGCUUUGCCUGUUUGAAUCUGGAGAUCUUCGUUGGGAAAUAAACAUAACCGGAAAACUUGUGCCCAAGGAGUCUCCGAAAUUUGGCACAGCUUCUGAUGAUGGCCGCUCCCUUUCUGCUAUGGAUUCCACGGCACCCUCUAACCAGAGGAUAAAUGCCAUAGUGGCAUAUUCUAAAGGAUUCCUGUGCGCUGCAGGGCCCGGCCGAGUCUGCAUUUUUGAGAAAGCAGAAGAUAAAGAUUUUUACAAGAGGAGCCGGAUUAUUAGAAUUCCACAAGAUAAGCAGAGCAGUGACCCCAGCCUGGCUGAACAGCAGGAGGUUACGUGCAUGUGCCUGAGCCCUUCAGAGGAGAACGUGCUGGCCAGCACAAAUAAAGGUCAGCUAUACAGCAUUACCCUCUCUUCUGCUGAAUUUGGUAAGGGAGAUGAUUGCUUUGGGUAUCUGACGGAGCCCUGGCAUUCCGCCGCCAUCACUGGUCUCAGCAUCUGUAUCCGCAAACCCCUGAUAGCGACCUGUUCCCUGGAUCACUCCGUGCGCAUCUGGAAUUAUGAAACCAACUCACUAGAUCUGUAUAAGGAAUAUCAAGAAGAAGCCUUCAGCAUCUCGCUGCAUCCAUCUGGACAUUAUGUUCUGGUCGGAUUCUCUGACAAGUUACGCUUAAUGAACCUACUGACUGACGAUAUCCGCACGUUUAAAGAAUUCACAGUGCGCGGCUGCCGUGAGUGCUCAUUUAGCUACGGCGGACAUCUCUUUGCUGCGGUGAACGGCAACGUCAUCCACAUUUACUCCACAACAACCUUUGAAAAUAUCACUAAUCUGAAAGGUCACAAUGGAAAGGUACGGUCGGUCUCAUGGAGCUCUGAUGACAGUAAGCUGGUGUCCUGUGGCCUGGAUGGAGCAGUGUAUGAGUGGAACACGCUCCUGGGUAAGCGCGAGUCUGAGUGUGUGCUCAAAUCCUGCAGUUACAACUGUGUGGCCACGUCGCCCGACGCCAAAACUAUUUUUGCUGUUGGAUCCGACCAGACACUUAAAGAGAUCAGUGAUUCUCAGAUAUUACGUGAGAUCCCGUGUCUUGAUGUGACCUAUACAGCUGUAGUGCUCUCUCACUCUGGUCGUAUGAUCUUCACUGGGACGUCAAGUGGAAAUAUCCGUUCCAUGAAGUACCCUCUGCCGGUCCACAAGGAGUUUAAUGAGUAUCAAGCCCAUGCAGGGCCCGUCACCAGGUUGGCAGUGACAUUUGAUGACCAGUAUUUGUUAUCAGUCUCUGAGGAUGGAUGCAUGAUUGUUUGGAAAAUUUCUGAAAAAGAGGGUCGAGUGCUGAAGAGAGAGAAAGAGGUGGGGUAUGCAGAGGAAGUUCUCAUUACCAAAUCGGACCUGGAGGAGAAGAACCAGGUGAUGUCGGAACUAAAGAUACGCGUUAAGGAACUCAAAAUGGAAAAUGAGUAUCAGCUAAAGCUGAAAGAUAUGAAUUAUAACGAAAAACUGAAAGAACUAACUGAGAAAUUUAUCCAGGAAAUGGAGGUUCUAAAGACUACAAAUCAGAUUUUAAAGGCUGAAACAGAGAAACAGGACCUGCAACACCAGGAAGCUAUGGCUGAACUGAUAGAGAAACAGUCCAGAGAGGUGCAGGAUCUAGAGUCAGCCAAUAACCAGAAGCUGCUUCUGGAGUACGAGAAGUACCAAGAGCUACAGAUUAAAUCUCAGCGCAUGCAGGAGGAUUACGAGAAGCAGCUGCACGAGCUGGAAGAGAGCAAGAGUCAAGCGCUAGAGGAACUAACUGAGUACUAUGAAGCCAAACUGCAAGACAAAGUGUCUCAACUACAGCUUGCUGAGGAAGAGUCCCGUCAAAAUAUCAGAGAAUUUGAAGAGACUAAGAAGCAAAUCGAGGAAGAUGGUGACAGAGAAAUUCAAGAUGUGAAAAUGAAGUACGAGCGGCGGUUGCGGGAGGAAAGAGAGUCUGUUCUGCGUUUAAAAGGGGAAAGUGGCAUCAUGAGAAAGAAGUUCAGCAGCCUGCAGAAAGAAAUCGAGGAACGUACUUCCGACAUCGAGAAAUUUAAAGGGGAGCAGCUGAAGUUACAGGGAGUCAUUAAAUCCCUCGAGAAGGACAUCCAGGGGCUGAAGAGGGAGAUUCAGGAGCGAGAUGAGACCAUACAGGACAAGGAAAAGAGAAUCUAUGAUCUUAAAAAAACCAAUCAGGAGCUGGAAAAAUUCAAAUAUGUACUGGAUUUUAAGAUUAAAGAGUUAAAAAAGCAAAUUGAGCCACGAGAAAAUGAAAUUAAAGAGAUGAAAGAGCAGAUUCAGGAGAUGGAGGCUGAGCUGGAGCGAUUCCACAAAGAGAAUACACACCUAGAUUUAAACAUCUCCGAAAUGAAACAGAAGCUGAAAGCUACAGAACGGGAGAUGCGUAAAGAGAGACAGAAGGUUCGUGAUAUUGAUGCUGUUGUUAAACGUUUUAAAACUGACCUACACAACUGCGUUGGUUUCAUUCAAGAGCCGCAAAUACUGAAAGAUACCAUUAAUCAGCUCUACCGAAAAUAUGUGCAAGAGAGUGAUGUGGCUGAAAUUGUUGGUGUGGAUGCUGACAUUCAGCAAGAAUAUGCUCGUCAGCGAGAACAUCUUGAGCGCAGUUUGAGCACAUUACAGAAAAAGCUGAUUAAGGACACAGAGAUUCAUCGUGCCGAUAAUGUGCGAGUGAUGCAGGAAAAUGUGACCCUUAUUAAGGAAAUUAAUGAAUUACGGCGAGAGCUGAAAAUAAGCCGUACAAAGGUUCAUGACUUGGAAUCGGCACUUGGAUUAACCAGAAAAAAUCGUAUAACCAGGUCUGCAGAGUCUAAAGGGUCUAGCAGUGAAGAUCGUUAUUCCCCUGGAAUUUUGCGUCUUAAUGCAGAAGAAGAGACAUCCAGGAUUAUAGACAUGCAGCGUCUGGAAAUCAAACGGUUACGAGAUUUGAUUGACUCCCAUGAACAUAUUCCCGGCUUAAGACCUCUCUCUGUUGGAAAAUUGCCGGCACUGACCAUGUCUAACUGAACAUUCCAAAGGGGAGUCGUCAUAAAGUGACACAAACACACAUAAUAAAGUCUGUAUUUAUAUCAA